CACUUCGGCGCGGGGCCAUGCGGGCGGUAGGCGCUGCCGGGCGGGGGGACGAGGGCGCUGGAGCCCGGGCCGCGCCGCCCCUCACCUGCUGUCGCCUCUCUUUGCAGGUCGCAGCCAUGCUCCGCCUGGCGCUGCUGGUCCCGUGGGCGGCCGGGCUGAACUUCACGUACCACCACCAGCCGGAGAUGGAAACUUUCCUGCGGGGCGUGCAGGCGGAGCACCCCGACAUCGCGCACCUGUACAGUGUGGGGCGCUCCGUGCAAGGUAGAAACCUGUGGGUUCUUGUUCUGGGAAGGUGUCCAACCAAACAUAGGAUUGGCAUACCAGAGUUCAAGUAUAUUGCUAACAUGCAUGGGGAUGAGACAGUCGGGAGGGAAUUGCUGCUUCAUUUAAUACAAUUCCUGGUGGACAAGGAUCAGCAAGACCCAGUCAUCACAAAGCUACUCAAUAACACCCGGAUUCAUAUCAUGCCAUCAAUGAAUCCAGAUGGAUUUGAAGCUACAAAAAUACCUAAUUGUUUUUUCUCAAAAGGAAGAUACAAUAUGAAUCAGAAAGAUCUGAAUAGGAAUUUCCCUGAUGUCUUCAAAAGUAACCUGGUCCAAACUCAACCAGAGACUGAAGCAGUGAUGAAAUGGAUACAAAACGAAACAUUUGUUCUUUCAGCUAACUUGCAUGGUGGGGCACUUGUUGCCAGUUUCCCAUUUGAUAACAGUUACUCAGAUGCGAUAACUACAGAGCGCUAUAGUGCAACCAAAGAUGAUGAUGUUUUCAAAUACCUUGCAAAAUCCUAUGCUUCCCACCAUGCCACCAUGUCGAGAGGGAUUUCAUGUAGCACUCCAAAUGUGGAAACCUUUCCAGAUGGUAUUACAAAUGGAUAUUCAUGGUACCCAUUGAAAGGUGGGAUGCAGGAUUAUAACUAUGUCUGGGGACAGUGUUUUGAAAUUACAUUGGAGCUGUCAUGCUGUAAAUAUCCACCAGAAGGAAAACUGAAGCAGUUCUGGAAUGACAACAGGGCUUCUUUGAUUGAAUACAUUAAACAAGUUCAUCUAGGUGUUAAAGGUCAAGUUUUUGAUGGGUCUGGAAAACCCAUACCGAAUGCAAUUGUGGAAGCUGAAGGAAGGCAACAUGUGUGUCCUUACAAAACCAACAAACAUGGAGAAUAUUAUCUUCUUCUCCUGCCUGGAAAAUACAAAAUUAAUGCUACAGUACCAGGAGUUCCAUCAGAACUGAAGCAACUGGACGUACCAGAUGGGACUGCUAACUUAAGUGCUUUCAGACUUGACUUCACUUUCCCGGAUUUCAUUCAGACACCAAAGGAGCUUUUGUGUCCUACAGAACCUCUUUAUCAGUUCAGUUCUUCGACAGCUUUCAGACCUACUCUGCUGCUCUUGCCUUUAACAACGCUUUUGCAUGCAGUUUUCAAAUAAAGCCAAGAAAGAAUAAAGGAAGAAGUGAGGCCGUGAAGCUUUGCAGAUUAACAUACAAGUGUGUUUUUAAAGCAAAGAAUUAUAUUUGCAAAAGAAUGUAUAUUGUACAAUUGAAUUCUGCAGAUUUUUAA